CUGCGCCCUGGGGCUCUGAGGAUCGAGGCCUUUCCCGGGCGGCGCCAUGCGUCCGGAGCAGGCCGCCUCUUGGUACCGGCGCAUGUCCGUAGUCUAUGCAUUGGGCGCCUGGACCGUGUUGGGCUCCUUGUUUUUCUUCGGCCAGAAAAAGAGCAAGCCGCCAGGUGAUGAAGUACAGCAGAAGGAUGUCUCAACAAAUGAAAUGCUUGAGCCUCCGAAAGGGUUUUACGUGGAAACGAUUGUCACAUACAGAGAAGAUUUUGUUCCAAUUACUGACAGGAUCCUCAACUAUUUGAAAUCGUGGACUGGUGGCUCUGGACCAGAAUCAUGAUUGCCUGCUGAAUUCUGAUAAACCAGGACUGUGGUUCAGCAUAUGAAUCUGAUAGAGGCCUUGAUUUCCAUUUUCUGUUUGUGAAAAGUAUAUACAUUUAAUUUAAUUUUGCUGUAAAGUGUAAUCACUAAUAAUAGGCAAUAAAUAUUUCCUUGAGGAAAAGUAACCUUG